AUGGAGAAAAAGCUUUAUUGCAUUUUGCUGUAUGCAUUCCUAAUUACCAUAACCUUCCCAAUGCUUUCUUCUGAAGCCAAACAACCUCUGAGCCUUGCAACUGAUCAAACUGCCCUUCUUUCACUCAAACAUACAUCUCUUUUACUUGCAACUAAUUGGACCAACUCCACCUCCGUCUGCAGCUGGAUUGGCAUCACUUGCAGCUUCCGCCACCACAGAGUAGCUGCCUUGAAUCUCUCAAACAUGGCUCUCUCCGGCACUAUUCCACCACAGCUCGGACACCUCUCUUUCCUCGUCUCCCUCGACCUCACCAACAACCUUUUCCAUGACAAUUUGCCUCAAGAGCUGUCUCUCCUUCGCCGUUUGAAGUUCAUAUCUUUCCGACUCAACAACUUCACGGGAGACAUCCCUCCGAUGUUGGGUCAAUUACCAAAAUUAGAGUACUUGAAUUUACGCAACAACAGAUUCAUAGGUUCCAUCCCAAAAUCGCUCUCAAACCUCACAAACCUACAAUUUCUUGACUUAACUUACAAUUCUCUAAGUGGAGAAAUUCCAAAAGAGUUGGGAAGACUUCAAAGUCUACAAACUCUGCAUAUUGAAUACAAUCAUCUCUCCGGUGCAAUACCAUCAGCCAUAUUCAACAUGUCGACCUUGGUGACUAUAGCCUUGACAGGCAAUGAAUUGAGUGGAAGUCUUCCAACAGACAUGUGCAGUAAUCUUCCAUUUCUUGCAGGGAUUUAUCUUUCUGUCAAUCAACUGAGUGGCGCGAUUCCCACAAAUCUAUCCCAAUGUUCACGACUUGAGUAUUUGAGCCUCUCUUACAACUCUUUUAGUGGGGAGAUACCUUCAGAAAUCGGCUACUUAACAUCUCUUCGGGAGUUAUAUCUUGGUGCUAACAAUUUGAAUGGUAUGGUUCAACUUCUUAUCACAUAA